AUGCAACAGAAGUUUGCUCUCAUCACUGGGUAAAUUUAUCGCUUCUUGAAAUUUGCAUCUAGGGUGAACUUACUAACAAUCUGGGUAGAUGCGGCAGUGGAGGAAUAGGCCAUGCUCUUUCCGCACGGCUGCGAGACGAGAGUGGGUGUUCUACUGUUUUGCAGAUUUGGUUGUGUUAAGUAAAUUACAGACAUCGAGGUCAUUUCAACACUCCUACCGCACGAAUCGGACGAGCAUCUCACCUCUCGAGGCGUCCACGUCGUUCGAACUGAUGUCACAAAGGAUGAUAGCGUCCAAGAACUCAAAAGAUUUCUCCAGAAACUCACUGGGGGGAGAUUGGAUAUUUUGAUCAAUAAUGCGUAUGUCACAAAUUCCGGUUCGGUGUAAGGUGGCUAACUACAAAAUCCAGGGGAAUAUGUUAGUUGAAGUUUCCCGCCGAUCGCAUGCACUCAUUAACGAUUGAAGGUUAUACUAUGCCAGCUACGGAUACGAAGGUUGCAAAUGUUGAAAAGAUGUUUGCAGUGAACGUUUUUGGACCGAUGCGUGUUGUUCACUUCCUUCAUCCCAUGUUGAUUGAAGCAAAGGGUGUGGUGGUAAACAUAGGAUCCAUCGGAGGAAUCUGCCCAUUUGUGUAUGGAGCUUCAUAUAAUGCAAGCAAAGCUGCGCUACAUCACUACGGAAACACAUUGAGAGUAGAAAUGCGUCCUUUUGGGUGAGAACUCGUCAACUACAGUAGCUUUAGAGGCUGAUCGCUAACUGAGUGUAGCGUCAGAGUAGUGAACAUCAUUUCAGGAGAGGUUAGCACUAACAUCUUGAAAAGUGAUCAUGGGAGAUCCUUAUCCGAAGGUACAAUAGCUCGAGGGCAUUAUGGUUAACAUGCUCACUGCUCUCAGAUUCGGUAUAUUAUCCAAUGAAUGAAGCCUUUCAGGCCCAUCUUCACCGAACUCCUAGUACGUUUCUGGCUGCCUUCGAAACCGUAUGUUUACUGAUUAUGGCCUGCAGAUGCCAUUACACCAACUCAAUAUGCCGAGGGCGUCGUGAAGGAGAUACUUAAGAAAUCGCCAACAGCAUGGUUUUGGUUCGGAGCGUCUUCAGGGACAAUCAGAAUGAUAGAUGCACUCCUGCCUCGCACGACCUGGGUAAGUUACCAUUUUAAUAAAUGUCAGUAAGAUGGUGAUGUUAUGUGAUACUAACAUUGAUAGGAUUGGUUGUUUGGACGAAUGUUUAACCUUGGACAAUUGGCCCGCCCUUCCCCUAGCGUAAAACUCCACUAG